CACUUGUCUAUUUUCUGCUAACCUUGCAGGUGUUCCUGGUUUGUUUGUGUUACUGUGCUUAUCUUCUGACCCAUCUGCUGUAUAUUUCCUAUAUUUACAGUUCAUAAAGUAGUUGUCUCUCUCCAAGAGUGACAGUACUAUGAUGUUAAAUCCUUUCUGGUGUCAAAUGACAUUAAUAAUUGUUUUAGUGACAAGGUAAAACGUAAACAUAGAUCCUGGAUACACCACCACCACCACCAGAUUCCUAGAAAGAUCAUAUUUUAAUAUCAACAAACAUGUGGAAGGCAAUCUCACGCUCAGUGUGUGAGGUAGUUGAGAGACGUGUUGGUUUUACAGCAUUCAGAAGUGAUGCACCAAACAGGAAUAGACCAGAUGCAACUCGUGGCAGGUUGUCUUGCCAUGGUCAGAUAACAAACUUGAUUCCACAACUGAAAACCUAUUGUCCUCUCAAACACCUACGAUCGUUCAAGCAUAAAGAAACUAGUCAUGAACAGACCAGAGAGCGCCACCAACAAAAAAAUAAAAAUCAUGCUCGGUGGAAUGACCCUCCUAUUAAUGCUUGUUUGGGUGCAAUGGGAUGGAGCACUGCCUUGGUUCUUGGUUGGUAUCUGAGCCAUCCACUUGGUAAGCGAAUAUUCGGUGAUUCUCACUUCAGGGAAGUAAGAGUGCAUUCUCCCCGGCACUUUUCUAUUGGACGAACAGUAGAUGCUCAAUCACCCAUCCAACCUUUCUCAAUUCGACCAUUGAGCUAUAGUUCAUCAAUUGAGGAAAAAAGCACUUCAAACAGCUUUCAUAGCAGUUUUACAUCCUCAUCCAGUGAUAUUGAUGAUGUGUUUGCUCAUCAAAGAGGCCCCUUCACACCUGAGGAAGCAUUGAAUGAAGUCUCACGCGUGUUUGAGGCAGCAAGCCGAGCCUUAUCAGGUGAUGUUGAAAACAAACUGGGAAUGGUCUGCAUGGGAAAAGGUCAACAUAAUGAGGCCAUGAAGCACUUCCGAAGGGCUUCACACCAUGAGCAUGCAAUUGCUGCUUACAACUUAGGUCAAUGUUAUGAGUUGGGUUUGGGAACACCUCAAAACUUAAAAAAGGCUGCAAAAUGGUACAAAAUAGGAAGUGACCGUGGACAUCCUACAGCCAUGUUUAAUCUUGCUGUCUUCCUUGCUAAUGGUUGGGGUGGCUUAUGUGAAGAUCAAAAUAGAGCUCGCGAACUUUUAGUCAUGGCAUCAAGCUUGGGCUUGCAAGAGGCAAAAGAUGCCCUUCAAAUUAUUGAUGGAGUGGACUCUCAGCAAAGACCCCAGCAGUACAACAAAAUUCAAGAUUCAACAGAAGAAUUUCUUGAAAUGAUUGGUGCAUCUGCUAGGAAGGAUAAAGACACUCAAGCUGGUGUAAGGUUCCAAGAACCGUACACUUAUCUGAGCCAUUUGGAUUGGUUGGAUUUAUCGUCAUCCUCCUCCUCCCCAUCUCCUAACGUUAGUGAGGAUUUGAUUGAGGGCUCAGAAGAAAGUGAUUUGUAUUCUAGUUUGUGUUUGGAAAAUGAGUGUUCAUUUUCAUCGAACAGCCAGGGUAGGGUAAGGAAAAUCAAGGAUGCCAACGGUGACACCUACUACUAUAUUGUUCAUUGCAGCUCUGGCUCUGAGUCUUUGGAUGAAGCAGCUAAUCUGAAACCACGUUAUAACCCCACUGCUUAGGUGGCAUAAAUGAAGAUUCCAAUGGUUGAAUAUCAAAAAGACUUGUUAUGUCUAGGUAUUUACUUAGGUGGAUAUUUACUUUUAUUAGCUAAACAAUUGUUUCUUGUGUUAGUAAUCAACGAAUAUGCUGUGAACCAACUAAUUUUUAUAGUAAAUAUUUCAUUGUAGUACUUAGUAUCUAUCUCAUUUUCUCUUUUGUGACAAGUUUCUAUAAUUUUUGUCUUCCUUUAUUUGGUCUAUUUCUUUCCUCCUGUUGUAGAAUAACUUUUUAAAGUGCCAUCCCAUUACAGACUGUUGAAAAUGAGAAUAUGUUAUAGUUGUGGGUUAAAUGCUAACUGCUGUGAUUUUGAUUGGAUACAAGACAUAUUUGAGAAACAGAUAAUGUACUUACUACUCUCUUAUAAAUAUCAUUGAUUGAAAUUUAGGUUUGAUUUUGAAAUUGUAUUUCUAAGAUGCUAAAAAUAAUAUGUCAAAAUACGAGUUGGCUGAUUAUUCACGCCCAGUUUGGUAGUCAUGCUAUAUCGCAUGCAAGCGUGCGUGCGGGUUUGCCUAUCGUCGCUGACAACGGUGCCUUACGGCUUACGGCCCCGUUGCAUUGGGUAGAGCAUAACCACCCGAGUGAGCGGGGUUAUUCAGCCAGCUCGAAUGCCAAGCCUUAUGAUUGUUGUGUUGGUGUGUUGAUGGUGGUUGUUAACUGAAAUAGAUGGUCCCCAAUUCAA